UUUGGUUGGGACCCUGAUUUCCUUCCCUGUGAUCCUGACCCACACCUACACACACAUACACAUACACACACACCACAGCACUCGGACAGAGGACGGAGUGACGAGGCAAAGAGGAACCUGUGAAAGAACAACUGCAAAGAAAAAGAAAGAAGGUCGAACAGAAUCCAAAGAGAGAAGUCAAGAAAGCAUCAGACAAGAAGAAGAGCAAGACCCGGGGAGGAGAAAGAGGUGCUGUGUGCUGUGUUGAAGUGAAACCACCAACGAAAUAUCCAACAAACCAAUUCGACCAGUUUGUCCACCAGAGUGUGUCUUCUGCUCCGAGGAAGACGAGGACAACACGUAGCUACAACAUCCAAACAGCCGUCUCUGUUAUAGAACCAGAGUCUCUGUCUGUCAACUCAGUCGAUUCAUUCAUAGUCAAACACUGACUUGAGUUCAUUUAGACUCAAACUCAAGCGAUGGCCCCAAAGAAGAAGGCCCCUCGUCAGAAGAAGCCCGCCGUGGAAACCAUCUCUCAGGUGAUGGAGCCCACCACAGACCAGCUGAAGGUGGAGAGCCUGGGCGAUGGAGUGGUGGUGAUGGACAGCGGCAUGAAGAAGAUCGAGCAGAUGGCGGCGCUGGACAUCGCUCAGCUGAACAGCCUCAACCUGCCGCUGCCGCUGCCCGUCAUCAAGCCCGGAGAGAGGGGCCUGGGCCUGGGCAGCGAGCUGACACGGCCCCUGCACGGCAACGCUGUGCUGGAGGAGCUCAGCAAGAUGCGGCAGGAGAAGUUCCUGACCGACCUGGAGCUGGCCUCUAAGACGAAGGCCUUCGACGUCCACAAACUCGUCAUCUCGUCUGUGAGUCAGUACUUCAGAGAGAUUCUGGCCAAAGAUCCCGGCAUGAAGCGCCUGGAGCUGCCGUCGCUCUCCCCUCUGGGCCUGGCCAACGUCAUCACCUUCGCCUACCUGGGUCGCGUCCACAUGUCCCUCUACACCAUCGGCUGCACCGUCUCCGCCGCCGCCACCCUCCAGAUCCCGCAGCUCCUCAAGAUGUGCAUGGACUUCCUGCUGGCCGAGCUCAACGUCCAGACCUGCGUCUACAUCUGGAACAUCGCCGCCGCCUACAGCCUGAAGCCCGUGUGCGACGCUGCCCGCCGCUUCGUCCUGGACAACUUUGUGCAGUUUUCCGAGACGCCGCUGUUCACCCAGCUGACCGUGGAGCAGAUCUCCGCCUUCCUGCAGGACGACUUGCUGGUGCUGCCCUCGGAGGUCAUGGCCUUCCAGCUCGCCAUGAAGUGGCUGGACUUCGACGCCUCUCGUCAGACUCACGCCGCCGAGCUCCUGGGUCACGUCCGUCUGGAGACGAUCCCGGCCAGCGAGCUGGUGAGUCAGAUCCAGCCGGUGCCCCGCAUGAUGCUGGACCCUCAGUGUCACCGCCUGUUGGUGGACGCCAUGAACUACCACCUGCUGCCCUACCAGCAGAACACCCUGCAGUCCCGACGCACCCAAGUACGAGUCGGUCAGCAGACUCUGCUCACCAUCGGAGGCCGUCCGUCGCUCACCGAGAGGGCCCUCAGCCGGGAGGUGCUGUGGCGGGACCCUCGUGAGGGAGGAGCCUCCUGGCGUCACCUCACUCAGCUGCCGGCGAAGAGCUUCAACCAGUGUGUGGCUGUGAUGGACGGUUUCCUGUACGUGGCCGGGGGGGAGGACCAGAAUGACGCCAGGAACCAGGCCAAACACGCCGUCAGCACGCUCAGCAGAUACGACCCUCGCUUCAACACCUGGCUCCACCUGGCCAGCAUGCGUCAGCGCCGUACCCACUUCUCCCUGGCUGCCAGCGGCGGCCGCCUCUUCGCCAUCGGAGGCCGCAACGUGGAGGGUCUGCUGGCCACCACCGAGAGCUACCUGCCCUCCUCCAACACCUGGCAGAUGCGUGCACCCAUGGAGGUGCCCCGCUGCUGCCACUCCAGUGCCACCCUGCUGUCCGGGGACAUCCUGGUGACUGGUGGGUACAUCAACUGCGCCUACUCCCGCUCUGUGGCCUGCUACAACAUGGAGACCGAUACCUGGACCGAGAAGGCCUCCCUGGAGACUCCACGUGGCUGGCACUGCUCCACCACCCUGGGAGGGAAGGUGUACGUGGUGGGGGGCAGCCAGCUCGGGCCUGGUGGAGAGAGGGUGGAUGUGGUCUCCGUGGAGGUCUUCUCUCCGGAGAGUGGAGCGUGGGGCCGGGCCGCCCCCCUCCUGCUUGGGGUGAGCACCGCCGGCCUCUCCCCGCUGGCCGACAAGCUGUACCUGCUGGGAGGCUGGAACGAGGCGGAGAAGCGCUACAAGGCCGCCGUCCAGAAGUACGACCCGGCCACUGACAGCUGGUCCAUGGCCGAGGAUCUGCCCGAGGCCACGGUGGGAGUGUCCUGCUGCACCCUGACCCUGCCGCCGCGCCACGCACCGCGCCGCCAGCAGCACCGCAACACCCCGGCCAGCGAGGAGCAGCAGCAGGUCGCAAGGAACCGCAGCAGAGAGAGCAGCCUGGCCCCAUCACAGAGCAUCACUGCAUAG